AUGAGCUUCACUACAAUUGUUGUUGUGUUAACCGUUUUGUUCGGGCAAAUAGCAGCUGAAUUUACAGCACAUUUUAAUAACUUUUUAACGACACGGUAUGGCGAAGAAAUGCAAAAAACAUUGGAACGUCGAGACCUUGGCAGUGGAAUGUAUGGGAGCUUUGGUGGUAAAGUUCAGGACACUGAUAAAAUCACUCAUAGACCAAUAAUCUUUGUUCAUGGAGUAACUUCUCGAGCCGUGGUGUUUGUCGGUCAUCGUAACUAUUUUAUAAGUAGGGGUUAUAAAUCUGCUGAGCUGUAUGCGACAUCGUAUGGUGAUGGUGGAGUCACACCGUUUAUGCAGGGAGCAAUUGACUGCGAUUUAAUAAAGCAGGUUCGUAAUAUGAUAAUUGCUGUGCAUGAAUAUACCAGAAAAAAGGUCGACCUCAUUGCCUGGUCUAUGGGUUCAGCAGUAACUCGAAAAGCGAUCUUAGGCGGACAAUGCACCGAAACUCAUGAGUAUCUGGGAGGGCCGAUCACCGGUUUGGUUGAUACAUUUAUUGCAAUCGGUGGAGUAAAUUACGGUCUCCAGUAUUGUCCAACAUAUCGAAUAGGCUGUAAUCCAAUUAAUUCAAUGUACUGCAAAAGCAAACUUAUGAAAGAACUGAACUCUCAACCGAUUCGUUACGAAGGUACAUAUUCGUACUCAUUAUACAGUUUAACUGAUUUUAUCAUUGGCCAAUACUGUUGUGGUCACAUAUGCUCGGAUCUUCCGCAUGGCGAAACGUUCGAGAAACCAGGUCACAAUCACGUAUCGAUAUUAACAAGCACAAUGUCGUUUCAGUAUGACCUUCUUAACCACUAA